AUGCAAGCGGCCAUCUCAGCUUCCAAGUUCCAGAGGAAUACCCCUGAGUUUUCGAUUCGCAGAAAAACAGCUGUAGGAAUAAAAGAAAAAUGCCAAUCAAUCGAGAUUAGCGACUUUGCUGACAUAAUUAAGGCACAAUGUCACAUUAAUAUGCCAAUAUCUUCGACAGAUGACUUAGCGACGCUAAUUCCUCCAACACCCCAAGUGCAAGAAAUGAGGCAUCAGAGGCAGUCCUCAGCUUCAGAUUUGUUUAGAUCUUUUACAGAAAGGCAAAUUAUGAUCGACGAACCAAGCUCAGCAACAAUUGAUAUAAAUCCUAUUUAUUAGAAAAAUAAUUUUACCAUAUAAUUUUCUAGAUUUUAUUAAUUUAACACAAAAAUCAGCAAUUUUUAGCUUAUAAGCCAUAUAAUUUCCCAAUAUAAGGUAUAAAUCCAAAUUAAGAUCCUCAAUUGAAAAUAAACUCCAUGAACAAUUUCUCGACAAAAUUUCUGAGGAGGAAUGGCGUAUUAUUCAUAAUGAAAUUUACCAAAUAACUGAUAUAAACAGACUAGGACUACUCGAAAAAAUCUUAGGUCUCAGCAUUUCAAAACUAAACCCCGACGACAUCAAAGAGUUACGUAAACUAGGGAGAAAUUCAUGCAUCCUGUGUGGAUGCAAUUGCAGGGCUAACACACUCAGCCCUGUUUCUCUGCCUCCAAGAAACUCUCAGCCAAGAACAGAUAGGUCAAGUCCUUUUCCUCAACAAAGCAUUUCUACCUUUGACUUGUCUGAAAAUUCGAAUUUUAAAAAAUGCAAAAAAUGUCUCUGCUAUACAAAUGUGUCGGAUUCAAGCUCGUAUUGUGAGUAUUGCUUGAUUUCUCCUGUAAAUGAAACGAUUUUGAAUGAACAAAUAUCUUAAUCUUAAUUAAUUUAUUUUUAAUUGGGGAAUCUGGGAAAGGCUUAAUGAAAUUCAGUUUUUUUGAAAAAAUUAACAAAUAUCGAUAAUAAUGCAAAUAAAAUCAAAUUUAGAAGCCCCGAUCCGAAGUCUUCUUAGUUAAGAUUAUUGAAAAGCUUGUAGUGAUACCUCGAAAGGCUAUUUAUCCUGCCUUGAUUUGUAACUACCUGUCGUUUGCCUAUCCGCUAUGCUCCUCCAUAAAUGGGCUCACAACUAGUGGAGUGAAGCGGGGUGAGUCACGUGUCGUACGCCUACUUAGGUUGCCCUUCCAGAAAAUUCGAGAAAUCGAAUUUUCUGGUCAAGGUGUCGACAAAGAUGGAGAUCUUCGCCUAGCGCAGUGCUUUAGGCAGAUUACCCGAUUUCGAGAGGGGUUCCCUUUCCAAUACUGAGCAUCUAUCUUAUCCCAGAGAUAAAAUCUUGACCUAGAAUGAGCUGUGGCUGUCCUAAUCGGCAUUGCACUCCACAAAACCAUAAAGCCUGGUCAAAUACAUACCAUCGUCCCUUCCACAAGGUCCCUGGGUUUCCCUGCAACAGGUGUUGUAGGGUUGGUUCACCACACCAAAAAUCGUCAAGAAUUCAUGAAGCUCCACCAUUAUCAACUAAUGUAUUUGGGGAUGGAAAACUAAAAUCAAUUACUCCUCCUAAAAGAAGGCUUCCAAGCAUGUCUGGGUGCUCUUCUAAAGAGUCCCAGCAAGACAAUGGCCCAUUUUCUGUCGAUUUUUCGAUUGGUGGGAACAAGCUUUCAGUAGAUUUAUCACUGAAAAAUCAGUAUUUGAGGAUAAUCAUUCCACAAAAUAUUAACCCAAGCUCAAGAGACUCAAUUAAUAAUGAGAAACCUACAAAUGGCCCUGAAAAUUUAAUGCAGACUACUUUUACUCAACUGAAUGUCCCUCCCGCUGUAAAAAACCCUAUUACCCCUUGCUUUAGGCUGCCUCUUGAUAAAAUUCUAAAUGAAGAGCCUAAAGAACUGCAAAGUGAGUCUUCUAAUGAAAUAUCUAAUAUAAUAAAAAUCAUUGGAAAAUUAAAGUCAGCUUGCUCUCAUUUGCAGUCAAAAUCUACGAAUUUGUUAAAGCAAAUUCUCAGCCCAUCUGAAAAUUCAGAUUAUAAAAACUGAUACCUUGACUAUUUAGUCUGCAUGAAAUCAAUACUCAAAGGAAUUUCCAAAAUUUUUCCUCAAAAUGCGAGUGCGUUAGAAACCAUGAUUAAAUGUACGUCAUUGCUAUUUGACUCACUUUUAAUCAAAAUUGAUGAGCUAAUCCAGCAAUCUUUGAAUUUCAAAGUAAAAGCUAUAAGUUUACAGAACGAGAUGCAGAAAAAAGAAAUAGAAUUUGAAGCUCAAUAUUCGCAAAUGAAUAAUAUUCUUCAGAAAUAUGAAGGAAUUAUUGAGUAUUAUAAACUCUGCGAGUCAAGAACUCCAAGUGUUUAA